AUGUCUCCUCCCACAAAAGUAUCUAAUUCAAGGUCCGCCCGCAAGAAGGCGGGACUGAAACUGAUGAACGAAGAAUUAUCAAAACGUAUUCUACUACUCUGUAUUGAACAUCUAAUUCCAUUCGAGCAAAUUAAUUCAUCUUCGUUCAGAUUACUCUUCAACUUCAAUAAUGGAUUAUCGUUUAUUCCAGAUCCAGAAACAUUGACUCAUCUAGCCAACGAAAUGUACUCUGAAUACCAGAAUUAUUUCAAACACUAUUUUGAGAAUUCAUUAGACAAAGCAAUAAAGAUAUCCCUAUCCCUCCAUAAAUGGACUCCUUCAAACUCACUAGAGCCAUAUGUGUUUGCCAACUAUCACUUCAUCAACGAAAGAUUUCGUUUAUGCGAAUUGCCUUUGGGGUUUUUUCCAUAUACGGAGAAGAAUAUGUCACAACACUUGAUACCCAAUCCUGUUCUCAAAGAAAGAUUACUCUUUGUAACUUCCAAUCACGACCUAGAUGAUUACAAUCUCCAAAUGGUGAAAUACCUAAUGGAUGAAGAUGGAGACAUCACAAAAUCCAGUCAGUUUCACUGUCUAACCAAACUUUUCGGCGAAUACUUGUUGAGUUUCUUCAUCGAAGUGGCAGAGAUCUUGCUGUUGGAAACCAAGCUAGCUGUCUUCGAUAUCGGGUCCAUAACAGGGGCUAAACUUAUUCCAGUAUUAGUAUGCAAUUUUAUCUAUCCUAUCUAUAUCAAGUUUCACCAUUUAAGCUUUGAAAAGCUUGAUCCACUUCCAGACGACAAGGACCGUGUUUGCUGGGGCACCUUGAAGAAAUUGGAACAUAGCCACGACAAAGCUUACACAAUGAGGAUCUUAUCAUGCUUGAUAACCUAUAGGGCCAACAUCGAACAGCUUAUAUCAGAUAGUACAUCUUCCAUUUCGGAAUCAGACUGGGAGUUGAUUACUUUCGCUUACGAAAUCACCAUUAAGUUCCAUGAAGUACUUAUAACCACUCUUUCAUAUGACGUACCUGUCAGUCAUUUGCUCUCGAAAUGGGUAAAGAUGUUGAUAUUACAUGUUCUAACUAUCACAAAAAGGCAUUCUCAACUUCUUUCAUUCAACAUAGAGUUACCUUUGAAAAAGUUGUUUGAUAACCUUAAAGAAACCCAUUCCAAAAUUGAAGCGAAUUCUAGUUUGAUUCUCGCAACCUAUCUACAUCCAUCAACGAAAAGAUUCUUAAGAGAUGACGAUGUAAACGCUGUAAACAGUUUCGUGGAGUCGUUGUCCAAAGAACAAGAAAAUGAAAAACCAACUUCCAUAGAUAGCUUCGAUAAUGUCGAUGACAUGAUUCUAAAUCUAUUCGACUGCUCUGGGAAGUCUACAAAAGAAUGUUAUAAUUACGAGUCGUCUUCAAUGAAGGAAAUAAAGGAGACAGAGAGAAACUCGUAUGCAAAAGAGGUUGGACCAUCACUUCUAAGUUUCUGGAGUACUUAUGCUAGAAAGUAUCCUACUCUUUCUCAACUAGCUAGAAAUGUGCUAGCAGUUCCCAUUACUACGGAUAGAGGUUUCGAUCAGUUUAAGUCUGCCUUUACUCAUCUAAAUCUGCCCUCUUCUGCCUCACCUGAAAUCGUUCCAUUAUCACAGCUUAUUUACUUCCUUCACCGAUUAGGCACCACCUAUGAUCUACAUGCUAUUGAUCCAAAGAAUCUAGAUUUAGACAUUGAGGAUUACCGCAUUACUGACUAUGAAGAAUAA